UCGGAGACUCGGACCCCUUCAGCCUUUCAGCGCUUCAUCUCCCCUUCCCGCGCGAUCCAAGCUCGUGGAUUUCGGGGGUCGCUCUGGCGCAGACUGCGCCGCCGAAGCUGCCCAGUGAAAAUUUCACCUUCGUGUAUCGCGCGGACACACUGUGCAUUUAAAUGGCACCCUCACUUGGCUUGUUGGCUACGCUUCGCGCAAUCAGCCUUGAAGCGACGGACGCCCUCGUAGAAACACUGCACAAGCAUAGAUGUGUCUCAGAAGCUCGCCUGGUGUGCAAGGACUUGCGCCAAAUCAUCGACGGCUCGGUCCAGUCCCUCAAACUUACUGAAUCGCUUGAGACCCUGGCUGACAGCGCGCCGCCCUCGCUGGCGCUCUGGCCCCGUGUAGAGAAUGUGUGCUACUGCAUUAGCACUGAUGAUAUGGACGAAAACGAAGAGGAGCUCGCCACCGAGAAGUGGAUUUCGUGGGCAGGGAGCCAGCCUCCCGCCAGCCUCCGGAAGAUAACGUCCCUGCGCUUGUACUGGUCCGGCCCGGAAACCGGCCCUGUGCUCACCGCUUCCCUGGCAGCUUGCAUCGCCCUGUGGUUCCCCAACCUCAAGGAGCUGAGCUUUGAGGACUCCCCCUCGUCUGUGGUGCCGGAGAAGAACGCUGCUCAGCUGACCGCCACCAUCCGCGGCGGCCUGGACCGGCUGCCGCAGCUGGUGAAGCUCACACUGCCCAGCUGGGGCCUGCUGGGGGCGCUGGACGAGGUGCAGCAGCGCAGGCACGCAUACGACAGCGGCGGCAGCGCCUGGCUUGGCAACCUGAUGCACCUGGACAUAGUCGCAAACUGGCCUGAUGAGGUCACGGACGCAAUGGCGGCGGGUAUCGCCUCGCUCCGCAGCCUCCGAGCGCUCCGGUUCAUCAAUAACACCUCCCAGGACGACGAACUGGACGGGGCCGGCCUGCUGCGCCUGUUUGACCACGUGCCGCCCAGCCUCACCACGGUCUCGUUCAUUCCGUUAAUCGGCACCCCCGGGCCGCUGGAAGCGGGCAUGGACGCGGUCUUCGAGGGGGGGCAGCUGAAGGAGGUCGCCUUGGUGGUGGACGAAGAGGACAUGUUUCGCAGCAUACCGCUGUGGAAAGUGGGUGAAGCAGCAAUUCAGCUGCUGCUGCCACACCUGCGUGCCAAGGACAGCAUGCUGCGGCGGCUGGUCGUGCGGCGGUUGCUGCUGCCCGCCACGGUGCACCACGCGCGCAUGCAGGCGACUGAUCAGCAGCUGGAUGCGAUUACGGAGCUCCUGAAGCGGUGCUGGAACGUGGAAGUGCAGGAGGUCAUGAUCCGGGGCACGACGUCACACCUGCCCGCGCUUAUGGAGGCGGCGGAACUGCUGGGCCCGCCGCAAGUUCUGCGGCUCAGGACCAUCUACAACUACGACCUGCGCGUGCCCCUGCUCCAGCCCGCCACGCCGGCCGGGCAAGACGCAAAGUGGCCUGGGCGGGGGGCGGCGGCGGACAGCGCGCGGACUGGGCCGGGUGACAGCAGCUUAGCUCAGCAGCCGCUGCAGCAGCCGCAAGAGCAGCAGCCGCAAGUGCAGCAGCCGCCAUCGGGCCUGCCGCUGGCUCUGUCCACUCCGCCACAGGCAGUUGUGGCGCGGGCGACGCAGCGACUGCUUGCACAUCCACAGAUCGAGCAGCCCAAUGCUGACGAGUCCAGGACGCUUCCAGAGACGGCUCGGCUACUGGUGCUGCGCGGCUCACUCGUGGCGGGCCUGGCCCAGGCCCCGGAGGUGGUGGACGGCUGGGUCAAGUGGCUGGCCCAGGCGGCAGCGGCGCCGGCAAAGAGGCGGCACGGCCAGUAUCAGGUGGUGCCCAGGGCGCUGGGCGGUCCGGUGCUGCUGCUGCAGGCGGACGGCGAGGCCGGCGCCGCAGCGGCACUGCAGGCCGCGGUGCGGUCCGUGGAGCCAGAGGUGCAGCUGGACGCGGCGUGGGUGGCGGUGGAGCGGUACCCGGGCUGCCCGGGCUUUUUGAAGCUGCCGGCGCCCCUCGUUUGGUGCAUUCAGCAGGAACUGGACGAGACCUGGGCGGCGGCGGGGAGCGGCAGGGGCGAAAGCGCGGGCGCCGGCGCCGCCGGCACUGGAGCGGGCGACCAUGCUGCCGCUGUGGUGCCGCCGUCACUUCAGGAGCAGGUGGAGUGGCUGCAGCAGCUGGGCAAGGUCCUGGCGGAGGAGCUGCCGAGCUGCAAGCCAUUCAUUUUCUGAUUAUGUGACCAGCGUAUUACCUAGAGAUUGGCGCACUUCUAAACCAACGUUGCCGUCAAGUUUGAUGGCGGGGCGCUGGCUGGUGUUGGGCCUUGGGCAUGGCACGCGGAUUGGUGUGGCCUGGUGUGUCAUAACAUGGUGCAGGUGCAGCAGGAUGUGCAAAGGCAGUAUCAUGUGAUACACGUAGUGUGAGCUUUGGCUGGUAUACAUGGCUGAUUGGCUGGUGCACACGGCUAGUCCACGCAGCUGGUCCACACGCAGGGGCUCACCAGCCGGCGUGCGGCGUAAUAUGCCUCGCUGCUCUAUCUGUUUGCCACGGGUGCAGGGCGGCAACGGAUGGAAAUGCUUGGUCUGAAUUGAAGUGGGCGUGACGAUCUGCGGUGUCGUGUGCUUCAGUAUUGUGUAUGGCGGCUGCGGCUUCAGUUGGGUUGUCGUCCUAGGUAUUUCGCCCGUGGGACUUGGAUAACGUGCCCGCCGCUCCCCCUUAUCUGGAAGGGGUGACGGUUAUGCUGUGUUGCGGAGUACGCCUGACUCAGCUUAUUCCUCGCCUUAUCUCCGUUUCCUGGUGGCGGGCUUGCGUGUUGUGUUGGCCUUGAGGUUCUGUAGGCUGUGGUAGGUCUUCGUUAAGAGUAUGCCUCGGUGCUAUGACGCCAAGCCUGUCUAUCUGUGGUCACAGACUGCAUGGUCCUGCCGUGGUGCGAGGGAAGUCAGGUGUAGGCUUCCUGUGCCUUGCUUUGCAUUCAUCGUACUGCGGACAGUACUAUGCGCGCGCAGUCCCCAAUCGCCGGCUUUCUGCGAACCGUGAUGAUGGGGGGCGCUCGUGGGGUGGUGGCUGAGCAACUCGCUGAGCGCAGCAUUUGGGACCAAGGGAGGUUGUUGGGGACGGUUGGCGGACAGCUAAAACGGCGUCUACUGCUGUGAGCCCAUAUAUGGUCCAUAUGGACCGCGAAGCGGCGCCGGCACCCAUGUCGAGACCUGCUGGUGCUGGUUUGCGGUCUUUGCUGGCGAGCUUAGCAUAGCAUGUAUGUAGUUGUCCUGUGCCCGCUGUGCGUGUGCUUGCGAGUGGAACGCGGCUGGACAAAUGCAUGGCGGGCGGUGCCUGUGCAAACCGAACCCCGCCAUGCCGGGAAGGCCACGCAGUUUCAACCCCUGGCUCAGGGGCUCAGACGACGGCCAACGUGGCAUGGGCGCAGCCCACUUUUCCCUUGAGACGGGGAGCCGUGCGGGGAGCCACCUUCCUCGUCACCUCGUGCCAUGACGCCUGCCCGUCCCCGGGCACAGAUUUUGUCGUGCUGCCGUGGUGAUGGUCAGGUAAGGUGGUGGUCCUGGCAGGGGGGGGUAGAAAGCUCAGGUUCUUACCCCAUGCUCAAUGUUACAGAGCUUUUAGAGAGCAUUAUGCACGUGCUUUUACUUUUGUUAUGAAUGCGGAUGUUACAGAGGGGACAGUCCCAGCACCCGAAGUUUAGUUUUGUUAUGGGGUGUCUGGUGAGGAAGUUCUGGGCCCUCAAAGUCGGGGGAUCGGUCGUCGUCCUGGUUAAAAGGGGGCAUUGGGAAGGCUAAGUUGCACGUGCAGGCGUGGACAUGUUUGUUGGGACAUGUCUUGACGUCCAACACAUGCGCACUGCCACGGCUGGGCUCUCUAGCGCUGGUGCGCAUGUAUUUACGUCUGACAAGGCUGCCGAUGCACACUGUCCAACCGUCACACGGAUGAGAUUUUAGCGCGGUGUGGGCUGAGUCGAGAGGAUUUCCAUGGAUAGGAUCCCGCGUGUGACCGAAGUCUCAGAACAGGACCGCUGAAGGCACACCGUGAUAGUGCUCGUCAAGAGGAGUCGAUUGGCACCACUUUGGUAUUAAAUGGAGGGGUUUUAAGCCCUAAACAAUGAGGUUUUGUCCGUGGGGGGGUCGGUCGUCCCCUCAAGGGGGGUCCCGGGGGAUUUCGGCCUUUCGGGGCAUGGGGUCUGGCACUUUGUUUCCUACGCCCCCACCCCACUCCCCCGGGUCCUGUUGGCGGUGCUUGUGUUUGAUGGGGCGCUCCGGUGGCUCCGCAGACCACCGACGGUUCCUUGUUUUUACCACUGACAGGCUGACGGCUUGAUUAGCGUGCGACGUCGUCCCCACAGCACACCGAGUUGGAGCCUAUGGCACGUGUACAUAUGCAAACACCGGGGAAACACGUGUGCGGCAAACUUGGUGCCUUGGUUAGUGGACUUGAAGCUCCAGGCCUGCAACCCCCUGUCCACCUGGCUGUACCCCACGCUGCCAGCAAUGGGCUGUGGCGGACGGAGGUGCUCCGCAGUGACUUUAAUUAAACAUGCACGAACAAGGCAGCUGACGCAGGGUCGGUACCGCGCAUUAGCUGGAUGUGUGAUGGGACAGGGUUCAGGCAGGUUGGCGAGGUCCCAUAGGGUGCAGCUGACGCCCGUACCCCAAGCAGACAGCAAACAGUUUGCAGCGGCAGAGCAGGAGUGCAUGGCUGGUCGAACGCCGGAGUUACUGUACCGACAAGUUGCUGGCUGGCUGGAAGUUUGCUGAUGCGCAUUCCUCACGCUCCGGG